AAAGCAGUGAUACUGCGGCUGCCGCCCUGCGUGCAGUCGAUAUAGUCCAAAGUUUCCAAACGAAAUAAAUAAUGGCUGACCUGUGGUUGUUAUUACGUGCACUUUGUAGAGAUGAUUUUGGGUUUAUGAUUGUGUGAGACGUUCCCUUCUGUGUAUGUCAGGUUGUUUUUUCCGUGUGCAUAAAGUGUAAUAAAGAAGACUAGCUGUAUUUCCUACUUGGGACGUGUUUUCUUCACUGUUUUCGUCACACAUGGAAGGAAAAAGAAUAAGAGAAAGAGAAAAAAUAUUCUUUUCGAAGAGGUGUUCCUCGAUCACGCCAAUCGACCAUACCAAUUGUUAUUGGUGAUAAAAUUCUUAUACAUGUAACCAAGUCAACAGUGAUGAUUAUGGCCGUCGAUCAACCUCAACGUUUACAAUUGUGAGAAAAUAUUCGAUUCGUGGACGUUCUGAAUUCUUUCUCUCCCCUUAAUUGUUAAAAACGAUGGGGAGUAUUUUGUAUCCCCCGUGCGGGACAAUAAACAAUGUGAAAAGACGAUGUACUCAAAUACAAUUGAGAUGUGAGUGUUACAAAUUGUGCUAUUCUUGCGAUUAUCAGUGAUAUUGAAAAAUCUAACUAAUUGAUGAUAUGGUUCAUCGUGAGAUUUCUUUCUCUCUUGACAAGUGAUUCGAGAGGAUUAGUCAGCAAUCAUGGUGCACAUACCGGGUGCUUAUACCUAUGAUUUUUGGGCCAAAACACCUACUGAAGUGGUGGAGUUGACGUGUCUGAUGCCAAAUGGUGUUAUCAUACCCUUUGAGACCAAUAGGAAUACAACUCUUGCAGAAAUCAAAGAGGAAUUAUGGGAUGAAGCAAGUAAAUAUCCUCUCCAUGGCACACUCAGGGAUGCUCCAUCAUAUUUAUUUUCCUGUAUAAACUCCAAUGCGGAGCCUGAAGAAUUACGAGAUGAAAGUCGUCGGCUCUGUGACAUCAAACCGUUCUGUUCAGUUCUUAAAGUAAUUGAGCGUGAAGGCGUCAAAGGCGACAGAAAUCUAGACUCUCAGAUCGGUCUGUUGAUCGGUAAGGGUCUCCAUGAGUUUGCCUCUCUAAAAAACUCCGAAGUCAAUGACUUUAGGUGGAAAAUGAGACUAUUGGGGGACGAGAUUGCGCUAGCAAGGCAGAAGCAGCAGUGGGAGGAAAAAGUUCAUUAUCAGUAUCCUUCAAGACUCGCUCAGGCUCCUGCUAUUCCGAAGAAUAUUGAAUCUAGACUGAAGGACGGCCAUAUCGUACUGGUUACCAAGUUUGAUAACACCGAGGUGACAUUUACCUUUCAAAUAUCUCACGAUACAACUCCCUAUCAACUUGUCGUCCUCAUCCUAAAUAAACGAGCCAGCAGACAAAUCUCUCGUGGCGAGAGAGAAGUAGCAAGUGACUUCAUUCUAAAAGUAUGCGGCCAAGAAGAGUAUUUAAUCGGCGAUUAUCCAUUGAUUCAGUUCCGCUACAUCCAAGACUGUCUCGCUCGGGAUAUUACACCAACACUAGUGACAAUGAGCAUGGAGAGUGUAAUUGUCCAUCAUGACAAUCUUUUCGAGAAUCCUGGUUUAGAUAGUUUAAAACGACCAAGACCCACCUUCUCUACUUUGACAUUGAGAAAAAAAGGAAAAUAUAUUUCUGCAUGGAAAAUCGAUGAUUGGUUCGUGUUCGAUGUCAACGGCAUAUCAAAACUUAAUUGUGAUGCCGCGCAUCGUAUUGUCGAGGUCGGAUUACAGGCCGGUGUUUUCCAAGGCGGUAAAUCCCUUUGUGAGAGUCAGAAAACCAAAGAAAUAGCCGUUAACUUAGACGGCAGUUGCAACUGGGAGGAAGCUCUCAGAUUUGACAUUAGAGUUAGAGACAUACCACGCAAUGCCCGUUUGUGUUUUGUACUUUAUGAAUUAAGUAAGACUGCCAAGGGCCUCAAGAGUCGAAGACUGGUCAAAGAUUCGAAACAAGAGUAUUUUAUGAACCCACUGUGCUGGGCAAAUACCACUAUUUACGACUUUAAGUCACAGCUCAAGACUGGUGCAAUGACACUCUAUACGUGGACUUAUGUGGAGGACAUGCAGAAUGAUGAUCUACUGCAUCCAUUGGGCACUGUUGUCUCCAAUCCCCAUAUUGAUCGUGCUGCUGCGCUCAUGUUGACAUUCCCAAAUUAUGGAAAAGACAAGUCUGUUCUUUACCCAACCUCGGAGAAGGUCGUAGAGUACGCAGCGAAGCUCAGAGAAAGCUCGGAAGAUCAUACCAUAGCAGAAGAGCCCAAUCAGGAAUCUGAGGCGAAUGAACUGCAGCAAUUGGAACUGUUGAAAAGUUUAGCUGAUAGAGAUCCACUUCAUGAGCUCCAUGAGCAGGAACGAAAAACAAUGUGGGCUCUCAGACGACAUUGUCUCCAUGAGAUUCCCUCAUUAUUGGCUAAACUAUUACAUUGUGUCGAAUGGAAUGACCAUAGAGAAGUGGCAGAAGCAACAGCCCUUGUCCAGCAGUGGCCGAAACUACCAGUGGAACGAGCCUUGGAACUCUUAGACUACGCCUACGCAGACGGGACAGUUCGCUCCUUCGCAGUCCGUUGCCUCAAAGACGUCACCGAUGAUGAGUUGAGUCUGUUUCUUCUUCAACUGGUUCAAGCCCUCAAGCACGAGAACUAUCUUUCCUGUGACCUGACCGAGUUUUUACUUCGAAGAGCCCUGAACAAUCAGAAAAUAGGUCACUUCCUUUUCUGGCAUCUGCGGUCAGAGAUGCAAGUGGCUUCAGUCUCAGUCCGAUUCGGAUUAAUUCUGGAGGCCUACUGCAGGGGUAGUCAGCAACACAUGAGAAUCCUCUUCAAGCAAAUGGAGUGUCUAGACAAACUGAGGACAGCUUCUGAACAAAUAAAGGCUAAAAAAGAUAGAAAAGCUGCACUACAAGGGUUUCAGGACUACAUCCAAGAGCCUCAUUGUCAGGAGGCGCUCUCCAACGUCCUCAAUCCUUUGGACCCUAGCUUCAGAUGGAAGAAAGUGAAGAUUGAGAAAUGUCGAGUGAUGGACAGCAAGAUGAGACCAUUGUGGCUGGUUUUUGAGAACGAUGACCCCUUUGGUGAAGAUAUCUACCUCAUCAUGAAACAUGGAGACGACUUGAGACAGGACAUGCUCACCCUUCAAAUGCUGAGGAUAAUGGAUAAACUUUGGAAACGAGAGGGAUUGGAUUUUCGAAUGAAUCCAUAUCGAUGUAUUUCUACUGAGAAUAGAGUGGGUCUGAUCCAGGUGGUACUUAAUGCUGAGACGAUAGCAAAUAUCCAGAAGGAGAAGGGAAUGUUCUCCGCAACUGCGGCCUUCAGACGAGGCUCUCUUCUUACUUGGCUCAAAGAUCAUAAUCACACUGAGACAGCACUUAAUAAAGCUAUUGAGGAGUUUACCUUAAGUUGUGCUGGCUAUUGUGUAGCUACAUAUGUCUUGGGAAUCGCCGACCGCCACUCGGAUAAUAUCAUGGUUAAAAAAACUGGCCAACUCUUUCAUGUUGACUUUGGACACAUUUUGGGACAUUUUAAAGAAAAGUUUGGAUUCAGACGCGAACGAGUACCAUUCGUGCUGACCAACGACUUUGUGCAUGUUAUUAAUAAGGGACAGACUAAGAAGGGACAGGCUGUGGAGUUCCAAAUAUUUCAGAAUUAUUGCGAGAAGGCUUUUUUAAUUUUGAGGAGACAUGGGGGAUUAAUUCUCUCGCUUUUUGCUAUGAUGAUAUCGACGGGACUGCCGGAACUAUCGUCCGAGAAAGAUCUCAAUUAUUUGCGUGAUACUUUGGUGCUUGAAAUGUCUGAAACGGAGGCCCAAAAACAUUUCAGAAAUAAAUUUGACGAGGCUCUGUGCAAUUCCUGGAAAACUUCGUUAAACUGGGCUUCACACAAUAUGGCUAAGAAUAAUAAAACUACAUAACUGUAAUUAGUAAUCAUAAGUGAAAUAAUCUGUGUGGUAAGACUGUCAGUGAUCAGAAAAAAAAUAGGAUUAUACCAUGUAGAGUGCGUGUCAUCCAGAACGAUUGAAUUUGUGAUGGUCAUUACAGAGAAUUAAAAAAAAAUUCUUUCUGUGGAAAAAGUUGUAAAUUAAGAUGGAUGCAAAAAUGUCAUUAUUUGAAUCAAUAUUUACUCACAUUCUCACUGAAAAAAAUACGUAGUUUUUUUAACGGUUUACAUAUAAAUUUUAUAUAAAUAGUUGAUACUAAUGAUGAACUUCAAGACAAAGUUCUGCUCAGAAAUAUUGUUCAUGAGCAAGGCAUUGAUGAUCUUUCUUUCGACCGAUUUUGAUGAAGAGCCGUUUUGUGGCUUUGUAUAUAUGCUGAUUUAUUCAAAUAUUCGUUUCUUUGGAAAAUUACUGAGAGAUGUAUAUUAAAGCAUAGGCAUCAUUCCCUAUGCCAAACGAGCAGAUAAGUGCCAAUAAAAUCAAGUAUAUACAAUAAUUGAA